ACCGGCGGGCCGGACGCGGCUGCGGGCCGCCUUGGGGCGCCGUACUCCGAGGCCUGGGGGUACUUCCACCUGGCUCCCGCGCGCCCCGGCCACGCGGCGGGCCCCUGGGCCACCUGUCGGCUGUGCGGGGAGCAAGUGGGCCGCGGCCCGGGCUGGCACGCGAGCACCCCGGCGCUGUGGAAGCACCUGAGGAGCGCGCACCGGCGGGAGCUGGCGGAGAGCGCCGCCCGCCGCUCGCCACCCGCCGCGCCUGGCCCCGUCGCGGCCGCCGAAGGCGACUGGGCGCGCCUGCUCGAGCAGAUGGGCGCGCUGGCCGUGCGGGGCAGCCUGCGCGAGCGGGAGCUGGCGCGGCGCGAGGCGGCCGUGGAGCAGGGCGAGCGCGCGCUGGAACGCAGGCGGCGGGCGCUGCAGGAGGAGGAGCGCGCGGCGGCCCAGGCGCGCCGGGAGCUGCAGGCCGAGAGGGAGGCGCUGCAGGCGCGGCAGCGGGAAGUGAGCCGGCGCGAGGGCGCCUUGGCCCCGGGCCCCCCGCUCAAAGACGAGCCCGAGGGGGACCCCAGGGACGGCUGCGUCAUCACGAGGGUCCUCCUGUAG